AGUCAGCCGCGGAAGUAUCGGCUUUCACUUCAACAUGGCUUCAAGUGAGUAUAGCUGAGAUCAGAAGACCAGGAAUACUCUCUUUUUACGAGUCCUAAGGCGUCAAACAAGGGAAAAGACGAGGGAAAUAUAUUCAAGAGCCGCUUUUAGUCAAGUCAUGUUGGGAAGACGUUGACCGGAUCGCGGGAUUUAUCUGACAUGUACGAGACUCCAGUCUGAUGCCCUCACUCUCCAUUCCGCCUGCCAUGGACGGGCAGAGCUUCUCUAAUUCGGUUGGGCCUCAGCUGGACGCCAGGGGCUUCGUCCUGGCACCUCCAAUGAGCCACGUGUUUGCCAACAACCCUUGGAGCUUCCCCUAUCAGACCUUCAGCUUGCCCUGUCCUGCUCAAUCUGAAAACCAGCAAAACUGCUUCAACGGCGCGUCUGACAUGCACACAGAUCUGCUUCCUCAAGACCUCAGCGACUUUGACUUCUCCGGUCUAGAUCUUCCUCAGGACCUCUCUUGUUUAGACGAUCAGCUGAUCUUCUCCCCUACAAAUGACUCUUUAUCAGAAUACGCCAGUCCUAACUUCCUCAAUGCUGACAUGGCGCCCAAUGUGCCCACAAUAUGGGACAUCAAAACACCAGCACCAGUCCAAGAGAGUUCCAACAGGUUUCACGGUCUGAACUCUUUGGAUGACAUCACAGCCAUCAUUAAUACACCACCCAUAGGCGGAUAUCAGAGACCCCAAACCCAGCCUGAAGAGGAAGAGGAAGUUGACGUGGAGGAGGCAGAAGAGCUCGGUCAUGUUGACACCUAUGCAGACUACAAACCCUCCAAAUCCAAAAUAGGCAUAUCUCAUCCAGACCGUGUGGUGGAGACCAACACUUUAUCCAGCGUUCCUCCUCCAGACAUCACCUACACCCUCUCCAUCCCAGAAAAAACCAUAAGCGAUGGUCUGCUGUCGGCGCUGCAGCUCGAGGCCAUCACAUACGCCUGUCAGCAACAUGAAGUGAUCCUGCAGAACAGCCAGCGGGCAGGUUUCCUCAUCGGUGAUGGCGCUGGUGUGGGCAAAGGCCGGACAGUGGCUGGCAUCAUUCUAGAAAACAACUUAAAGGGAAGGAAAAAAGCACUAUGGUUCAGCGUCUCCAAUGACCUGAAGUAUGACGCAGAGAGAGAUCUCCAAGACAUCGGUGCAGUCAGUAUACGAGUGCACGCCUUGAAUAAGAUUAAGUAUGGAGACACAGCUACCUCAGAAGGGGUCCUGUUUGUGACCUACUCAGCACUGAUUGGGGAGAGUCAGGCGGGCGGACAACACCGAACACGACUCAAGCAGAUCCUAGACUGGUGCGAGCCUGAGUUUGAUGGAGUCAUUAUAUUUGACGAAUGCCACAAAGCCAAAAACGCAACGUCCACAAAGAUGGGCAAAGCCGUGCUGGAUCUCCAGAACAAGUUGCCAUUGGCCAGAGUAGUGUACGCCAGUGCCACAGGUGCCUCAGAGCCAAAGAACAUGAUCUAUAUGAGCCGUCUGGGGAUUUGGGGAGAAGGAACUCCUUUCCGGACCUUUGACGACUUCCUCCACACCAUUGAGAAGAGGGGUGUCGGGGCAAUGGAGAUCGUGGCCAUGGAUAUGAAGGUCAGCGGGAUGUACAUCGCUCGCCAGCUCAGCUUCUCAGGAGUCUCGUUCCGCAUCGAAGAGAUCAGCUUGGAUAACGAUUUCAAGCUUGUGUACAACAAAGCUGCUAAACUUUGGGCGGAAGCUUUGCGGGUGUUCAUGCAGGCCGCUGACGAACUCUGCAUGAGCUCCAGAAAGUCUCUCUGGGGUCAGUUUUGGUCGUCCCACCAACGUUUCUUUAAAUACCUCUGCAUCGCCGCUAAGGUGCGCUGCCUGGUGGAACUGGCCAAAAAGGAGCUGGAGGCAGGGAAGUGUGUCGUAAUAGGGCUUCAGUCAACAGGUGAGGCUCGAACCAGAGAAGUCCUCGACGAAAACGACGGACACUUGGACCGAUUUGUCUCUGCUGCUGAAGGUGUUUUUCAGUCUCUGGUCUUCAAGCACUUUCCAUCAGAAAAGCAGAUGAGAGAAAAAGGGGCGGGGAAUAAGAGGAAACGUAAACCACGGACCAGGCAAUCAAAGCAACCCAGACAAGGCACCGACACAGCAGUGAUCAACAUCAGCGAUGACAGCAGCACUGAGUCCGACGUCAUGGACAGCGACUCCAACUCUUCACCUGACUCAAUUCAGGACAAUAACGACGAUGUCAUCUUCGUUGAUCAAACCAGCUAUCAAAAGGCACGGUUAGAGGACAUGAAACAAGGGCUUCUCAACAAGAUCGCUGAGCUGGGAAAAGAACUACCUCUCAACACAUUGGAUGAGCUCAUUGAUAAAUUUGGAGGGCCAGAAAAAGUAUCAGAGAUGACGGGACGGAAAGGCCGAGUGGUACGUCGACCUAAUGGCAGUGUCCAAUAUGAGUCCCGUGCUGAACAAGGCCACACCAUCGACCAAAUCAACAUCAAAGAGAAAGAUCGGUUCAUGAAUGGCGAGAAGUUGGUAGCCAUCAUAUCUGAAGCGGCCAGUUCAGGGAUUUCACUUCAGGCUGACAGAAGAGUUAAGAACAAGUGCCGGAGGGUUCACAUGACCCUGGAGUUGCCUUGGAGUGCAGACAGAGCCAUCCAGCAGUUUGGGCGCACACAUCGUUCCAACCAAGUCAAUGCACCGGAGUACAUCUUCCUUAUCUCCGAAUUGGCAGGAGAGCGACGUUUUGCAUCUAUCGUGGCGAAGAGGCUGGAGAGCCUGGGAGCGUUGACGCAUGGUGAUAGGAGAGCCACAGAGUCUAGAGACCUGAGCAAAUACAACUUUGAAAAUAAAUAUGGCACCAAAGCUCUAGAUAAGAUCACCAAAACCAUCCUUGGUCAGACUGAAAGCAAGGUACCUCCUCCAAAGGACUAUCCUGGUGGAGACGCCAUGUUUUUCAGAGAUAUGAAGUAUGGUAUGAUGGAUGUAGGCAUGCUGUGCAGUCAAUCCCGCUUGGGCAUCAACAUUGAAAAAGACUGCAAUAUCACCAAGUUCCUCAACCGGAUACUGGGUCUUGAGGUGCACAAACAGAACUCUCUCUUCCAGUACUUCACAGACAAUUUCGACUACUUGAUUGAAAUGGACAAAAAAGGGGGCAGUUAUGAUCUGGGAAUACUGGAUCUGGCUCCAGGAAAUGAUCAGAUCUAUGAAGAGACGCAUGAAAAGUUCCUGACAGCAGGAAACCCUCAAGAUGGUCAAGUUGUCCUCUAUAAGAUAAGUGUAGAUAGAGGCAUGCCUUGGUCGGAGGCUCUCGAAAAGUUUGAAAGCCUCAACAAACCGGAUGAAGGCUUCUACAUGUCCUAUAGAUUGAGAGGUAACCACCCAUGUGUGCUGCUAGCCGUGCAGGGCAAGGAACGCAACAUGAUCCUCUACAAACCAAACAUUGGCAAGCAAGCCCAUCCAGAAAGCAUUGAUAAUCUCCAACAAAAAUACAGAAAGGUCACUCCAGUGGAUGUACAGGAGAGCUGGGAAAACCAGUUCAAUUUCUCUUUAAGGAAGUGCAGCCAUGCUAACCUGUAUGGGAGGUGCAAGAGGAUAGACGAUGGUCAGGAGUGUUCAAUGGGCACUCGAUUGCGUCAAUACCACAUGUUGUGCGGCGCUCUGCUUCGUGUGUGGAAACAUGUGUCUGAUGUUGUUGCUGAUAUCACCAGCUCAACUUUACUCCAGAUUGUCCGUCUCAAGACCAAAGACAGUAAAAAACAAGUUGGUAUACAAAUCCCAGAGACCUGCAUAACAAAAGUGCGUCAGGAGUUGUUGAGAAUGGACUCUGAGGUGAAGCAGCGGCGUAGAGAGAAGGAGCAGAAAGCGCUGGAGCAGCUAGUGCUGGAGCAGCGUCAGGCUGAGGAGCAUCAGAGGCUCAUGGCGCAGCAACAGCAUCAAGAACUCUUCUCGAAUUUGUUCACCCAGUCUUUAGCAGCUACCAGCCUGACAACUCCAUACAUCUCCUUCCCCUCGUUCCCUUCUGUACCAAAUCCUUUGAAAGAAAUCCUGGACCUGACGAUUUGCAAUUCUUCACCCUCCUCCCAAGCUGCUCUGGAUGUAGACAACUUCUCCAGGCCAACCGAACCUUUAGUGGAUAACUUUAACUUUGAAGAAUUUAUUCAAGAGCAACCGCAGCAGGAGAGCCAGCCCGUAGAGGGAAGCACCUCAGUGCAACACAAUGACCUGUUAGACAUAUUGCUGCCUUUUAACUCAUUCAUCACAACAACACCUACCCAGACUGUCCCUGCAUCUUCCUCCUCAGAUGCAUCUUCAUCUGUACCUAUGGUUGUGUCAAGUUCCUUCUCUUCCUCCUUGUCCCACUUCACUCCCUCAAUCACCCCAUCCUCAUCGUCUUCCUCGUUAUCGCAAGUCUCUCUCCCCCCUACAGACCAGCACAUGCUCCCAUUACCCAACGGCCACAGCAGCUCUGAAGCCAUUAUAAAUGCACGGGAGGUGUUGAGCAGCAUGCUGCGAGGUGGACCAGAACUACGCCAGUCCGUCAUUCAGUACCAACAACCCGAAUGAGACCCCUCUAGUCAGACUCUCCUGCAAAUGCACUCACUCAGGGCCGUAGUCGGACCACUGCCGGCAUCCUGCUCCACCACUGGCUUCACAAGAUGGAGGAAGUUCAAUUCCUAUAGAGUUUUGUCUCCAUACACCCUGACAGAACGUCCCAGUUUUAGCAUCAUCAGUUUUAUACACUUUAAGUAGUAUUGAUUUACCAAAGAUCAUUUAAGUUCUAUCAAUCCACCUUAGACAGUAUAUUGUGCAUAAGCUCCUUAAGAUUGAGUAUGUAGGAAUUAUAAGACGCUUGAGGUAACAUUUUGGUUCCUCUCUGGAGGAACCCUUUAAAAUACCUAGUACAUCUUUAUAUAUGCCUCUAAGAUCUUCAAUGUGUAUUUUAAAUGCCUCAAAGACUUUCUUUUAUAAUGAGAUCACUGGAGAAACUGUUUUUCUAAAGGAUCUAUUUGUAGGUUCCUCAAAGAACAUUCCUGUCUUUCUUCAUUGUUUAGUAUGCCUAAAGGUUCUUUAAAGGAUUCUGCCUAUUUGACAUCCUGAGGAAUCCCAAAUGGUGCCUCAAGUGUCUUUCUUUCUAUACUAAAGGUUUUACGGCCACAGAUUCACACAUAUUCCUAAAUUUUACUUCAGAUAUGCUAGACAUACUACAACGUGCAUUUCGGUGACGAGUUUAAACUCAGACAAUCAUCAGCUUUACAUUUCCAUGACAAACUUCUAUUAGACAAAACACUUUUCCUGAGGAGCAAGAAAACAGGUUACUGUCGAAAUGUGCCUUCGGAAUCUAAAAGUGGAAUGUAGAUGUACUCACAUUGUUCACGUGCAGAUGUUUGUAAUGUAUUUAUUGCCUUUAUUUAUCAGGCCUUGAAACAAUUGUGCUAGUAGGAGAGCGUAACUACCUACAGAUCACUUACCUGUGCAGCUGUCUCUCUUGUGUUCUGAACCAGAACCGUCUAAUCCUGCUGUGCCCCGUCUCGCAAUGUAAAAAGACAAAGCGGUAACAUCUAUUAGCUGACUUCGUACUUCAAUUUUUUUUUCUUGGAAUCCAAUGUUUAAAAAAGCUAAAAUAUUCGAAUAGAGCAUUCGUUACAAUGUGAAAUGCAUCCAGGGUACAGUCAAGAAAGGGCAAUUCAUUUUUAUCUAGUUGAAUCGAAGCCCUUUAUUUAAUAGGUUAAUAUUAAUAAUAUAUAUAGUAUUUUAAAUCCGUCAAACGUGUAUACGAAUUACUUGAUUAUUUGUAUUUAAUUUUAAAGGGACAUUUUAAUUAUUUGUUUCUGUUUUAUGUUAUUGAUGCAGUAAUCAUUUUAACAAACAGUUCCAAACAAAACUAAAUUUGACUAAAUGAUCUCGCUGUUAUCUUUCUGCUGCACUGAGUCAUUGAAUAUUUAGUUGUUGUUUUUUUCCUAAUCCUUAUGCAAUUAUACAAUCUUAAAUAUUUCCACUGCAAUAUCCAGAACCGAAACUCAAAUAUUCAUGCUCUAAGGUGUCAAAACCACUCCCUAUCUCAGGAUGAAAUUUAUUAACAAUUCAAAAUGUUUGUUUAUUAUAAAUAUAUAUAUAUAUAUAUAUAUAUAUCUUUAAAUCAGAUGUAUGCUAUGUUUAACGUAUGCGUAAAAGGAAGGUUCUUCUCUGUAAAAUCUUGUCAGUGAGACAGAUCAAAUAUUAUUUAUUUAUCCAUCGUUGCUUAUCGUCUGCACAAAUUUCUUUCAUUCUGUUUAUCAAGGGACAAUCUUCGACACAUUUGCACUUGAAAACAUUUACGUAAUAUGAGUAGUGAGUUUUUUUCUUCCAUACUCAGUGUGUGUAGUUCCCAUCGUGUUGAAUUAAAUUCAAAAACUGUUUGGUUAUUUUAGAGAAUCUAAUAGUUUGUGAUCCACAGUGUGUUCCAGGUGUCUCAGUGCCUCUCAUAGAAAAGACUUGCAUUUUAAGCACUAUACGAUGAGGCCAUUUAUAUUGGGCAAAGUCAAAGUUAACCUCUGUUACUAACUAGAAAUGCAUUCGUCUUGCUCUGUGUAUGAUUUGCACUAAAAUGUGCAUAACUGUGUUCCUGUAUGGUGUGUGAUCCAGUUCUGCUAUGUUCGCUCAAGGCUCUUGUUGGGAAUGUAAACAUCUCGAUUCAUCGGCUUGGCUUUUAUAUCAGUAUGGCAUUUAUGUAAUUUAUUGCUAUGGAAAGAAAAUUUGCUACUGAGUGUAUGUAUCUCCAAACGUUUUAUUCCUGUGUUCUUAUUGGUUAUGCUUUUGUUAUGCUUUUCUAAAGGCUUAUUUAUGAUUAAGAUCCAGUUGUAUAUAUUGCAAAAGCAAACUGUGCCUUUCGACUGUUUCUUAAAGAAAUUGUUUUCUACACAUCUAAAGAAAGGAACUUAUUACAGUUUGUUGUUAACAAAAAAAAUAAAAUGUUCAGAAUCCUGA